AUGGCGGGCUGUCUGUUUCGCGGCCUCAGUGGGCAGUGUGGGCCGAUCUCGUGGUCCCACGCCGUUCUUAUGCUCAUCCUGGGGGUUGCAAUCACCUCUUUGAAUCGAACGCAGGCCUUUCAUCGGGCGUCUCUGCACGGAACAGCGACUCCUGAAGAUCACAGGAUGCUGCAGGCACAGUAUCUGAGCUCUAUUGGCGCCCGUGAGACAGUAGCACGUGCCCACCGCGGUGCCGCCUUCCAAAAACUACUCGGAAAGGAUAGAGCGCGUCCCCACUCUUUGAUUCAGGAGGUGGCUGAGGAGAAAAACAAUUCGAAUAGGGAAGUCGGCUCAAUACCGCGCUUUUCGGCAUUGCCAGAGUCGGAGUGGGAUUACAACCAACAUGGCAAGGACUGGGGUGGCAUGUGCGCCAAAGGCAUGCAGCAAUCGCCAGUCGAUUUACACAUUGAGGGGUUACAGGAGCCCGAAUAUCGGAAUUUGACCAAUCUGUAUAUGAACGCGUUCUCCGGGACAAUGGUACAGUCUCGACCCUUCAAGCCCUGGAAGCGGGGGGAUUUUUUCUAUACCUACCCUCACCAGUUCACGCAAGUGGACGUUUACAAGUCGUCCAAAGUGUUUCAGGUGCGCAUCCCAGAGGACCAAAUGACACCUCUUGGAGCUAUGUUUAGCACAGAUACGGCGGAGAUGUACACUGCUCAACACAUCUUCUUCCAUUCGCCAUCUGAACAUACCUUUCAAGGGGAGGCGAAUCGUCGUGAAAUUGAAAUGCAGAUUUGGCAUUAUUCGAACGACUUGCUCUCGUUUGAAUCAUCAACGAGCUUAAAUCAUACCUCUCUCCCUUUCCUCGCUCUCUUUGCUCAAAGCUCCCUCAACCUUCCCGAUGUCGAGGAGGCGCUGAGGAGAGAUCAGUCUUCUGGCGCUGACCCCAACCUUCCCUCUUCCCACUGGCGUGUGAUUUCCUUGACAUUUAUGAGCGAGGAGCUUGACCAAACCAGCCUAGCUGAACUCAAGAGUUUGCCAUCCGAGAGGCUGCUCAGUACCCUUCUUAGUGCAGAAAGGAUUAACAGUGAAGCGGGUCAAUCCGAGAAGGUGCAACUGGUACAUCCGCUAAAUUUGCAGUCAGUGAUGAUGAUGCUUCAGCUGACAAACACGGAGUUCUUUGCCUAUGAUGGAAGCACAACCAUGCCCGACUGCACGGAAAAUGUGCGCUGGUAUGUAGCCCGCCAACCUCUCCCUGUCGCGACCGAAACAAUGCUGCGGUUCUACAAGAUGUUGAAUCCACAGCAAUUGAAGAGCCGUGAGGAGAAGGAUGGGAACUUCAGGAUGUUGCAGAAUGUGGAAGACAAUAUGCGCAACGAAGGGAACGUUUUCUUGGUGCAGGGAUUCCCUCUCCAGGUUCUUGUCGCCAACAGUCUUGGCUUUGAUACCAUGGCAAAAAUGUCCAAGGAGGGCUCAGAAAUGUUCCAAGGGUGGUUCACUGCUGCGGGUGCCCAAACAUUCGGCUACAGUGGCACAGCGCUGGCAUACGUGACUGCCUGCCUGGUUCUCUUAAAUGCUGUUGGCCUAUAA